AUGGCAAAUGCUAAGGGACGGCAGCAAGGAAUUACCCAUUUUGAUGUUCAUGUCAUGUGUAUAUCAGAGAUGGAAAAAGGGAAACAUGGCAAAGCUCAAUGGGAUGUUGAAGCUCAUAGGGUUUUCCUUGACGUGUGCAUCGAAGAAGUGGAAGCUAAUAACCGUCCAACUCAGUGUUUGAAUGCCGUUGGGUAUGCCAAUUUGAUAUCCAAGUUCAAUGACCGCACGAAGAGAAACUAUGACCGCAAACAAAUAAAAAAUAGGUGGGAGGCACUAAAAAAGGACUACAACACAUGGAAACAAUUGACCCAACGUGCAUCUGGUUUAGGAAGAGAUCCCAUCACCCAUACCAUCACGGCCAGCGAUGACUGGUGGGAAAGUGAGAUAACGAGAUGUCCUGAUGCAAGCAAGUUUAGAAAUGCUCCACUUCAAGAUGAGGAGAAGAUGGCCAUUAUCUUUGAUAAGCAUUGUGUGACAAAUGAGCAUGCUAGGGUGCCACCCCGAUCAGCUCGUGUUGGACCAUCUCAAGAUGCAAAUGUUGAGACGGUCGACGGUGAUGAGGAAGAUUUAGGUUGUGAGGGGGAUGAUUAUGUCACUCCGGUUAGUGGGAAGGGGAAGGGUAAGCCGAAGAGAGCAUGUCCAUACUCACCUAGUCCAGCAACAAAGAAGGCAAAGGAAGAAAAUCCUUCUGAUGUUCAGCGUCUAUUGAGCAUUAUGGAAUAA